UCUCCAAGCUCCAUUUCCUGAGGUCCAUCUCUUGGUAACAUUGCUCUCCCUCUAACCAUGAAGGUCUGGUGUCUUCUCCUGGCUUUGAUUGGCUUGUGCCAUGGACAGAUAAAGCUAGGUACUUAUAACCUAGAAAGUGUUCUGAGCGUGUCUGGCUUGUCUGCUGGAGCUUAUAUGGCCAACCAGUACCACCUUGCCCAGUCUAAGAUAAUGGUUGGAGCUGCAUUUUUUGCUGGAGGUCCUUAUUACUGCGCCCAGGGAAGCAUGCUUACCGCCACCAAUGCUUGCAUGAAAUUACCCUCUAGCAUUAAUGUCAACACCCUGGUCAGUAAAGCCAAGAGUUAUGCCACCUCCAUGCUCCUCGACCCCGUGUCCAACCUUGCAGGCCAGAAAGUCUUCAUCUUCUCCGGCUCCAAAGACACAGUGGUUGUCCCAGGGGUGGUACAGAAGCUGGAAGAGUUUUACACAUCUUUUAUAACUAGCCCUGGAGCCAUCAAAACAGUUUAUGACAUCCCAGCACAGCAUGGCAUGCCAACCGACAGCUAUGGCGGCUCCUGCGGCUUAACCAAUUUAGAUUACAUCAACAACUGCGAUUACAAUGGAGCCUAUGAAGCCCUGAACCACAUCUACGGAAACCUCCAGAAGCCAAGCAGUUCUGCAACACUCACUGGGCAGUUAAUACUGUAUGACCAGGCUGAAUAUUUUAACUGGGCUGCUCCUUCCACCUAUGGGAUAGACACAGCUGGAUAUGUGUAUAUUCCUUCAUCCUGCCAGUCUGGAGCAAUGUGCAAACUCCACAUUGUAUUUCAUGGAUGCCUCCAAGGAAGAGAGAAAGUUGGGGACCGUUUUGCCAGAAAUGCCGGUUACAAUCAGGUGGCCGAUCUGAAUAACUUCAUUAUUUUGUACCCUCAAGCCAAGUCCAACAUGUCCAACCCCAAUGGAUGCUGGGACUGGUGGGGAUUCACUGGAAUGUAUUACGCUAACAAGAACGGAUAUCAGAUGACUGGUGUUGAAAGGAUGAUGCUACGUACCCUGGGCAAAUACUAACACAGCUUGGAAAAAUCUGUUGUAACUCAUUUAAAAUGACCCUGUCUUCUAGCAGUGGGGCUUAUCUGUAAAAUGUGUAUAUUUUUGUAUGUGAAUAAUAUUGUUUAUAUAAUAAGAUGUUUGAAUUUUA